AUGGAGGAUAUUGAAGAGGAGAUCUCUUACUGGAAUUCUUCGAUAGUAUGUUAUGUACUGGGAGCCAAUCCACCUUUCUCUGUUCUGGAAGGUUUUGCAAGGCGUUUAUGGAAAGACAAGGUGGAUAAGGUUGGUAUGCUUUCAUAUGGAAUUUUCUUGAUUAGAUUUGAUUGUAUUGAGGAUAGAGAUGCUAUACUCACAGAAGGAUACAUUUUCUUCAAUAAGAGGCCUGUCAUUAUGAAGGCUUGGGAUCCAAAUACUAAUUUCAAGAAAGAAGACAUUCGAACAGUUCCAAUUUGGGUUCAGUUGGAUGAUCUGGAAUUGAAAUACUGGGGUCAAAAGUCUCUUUUCAAGAUUAUAGGCCAAGUGGGGAAGCCACUGAUGGUUAAUGCGAUUACAAAAGAGAGAGAUAAACUCAGCUAUCCUCAUGUUCUUAUUGAAGUCUCUCUUCAACAGGAAUUUCCAUGUUUCAUUGAAUUUGAGGAUGAAUUUGGUUUUAAUGUCUCUGUAGGAGUUACAUAUGAAUGGAAACUGACCAUUUGUGGUCAUUGCAAAGGUAUGGUGCAUGCUACUAAUGAUUGUAGAAGGAAAGAGGGCAGGAAGCAACAAUGGAUUGUUAAAGAAGAGAGUAAGAAACCAGAGAGGGUACAAAAGGUAGAGGCAGUUAAACCUGCUGUUGAUGAGUUUUAG